AAUAUGGAGGCGGUUGCCUUGGAGACCGCAGGCUUAUGGAAUUGAGCAGCGCAGCAGAGCUUCUUAGACUGAGGUUGGACCAACAGGCAAAAUGCUGUCCGUGCUGGACGCGCUAUGGGAGGAUCGGGAUGUUCGCUUUGAUAUAUCGCCCCAGCAAAUGAAAAUGAGACCCGGGGAAGUGCUCAUAGACUGCUUAGAUUCUAUUGAAGAUACCAAAGGAAACAAUGGAGACAGAGGAAGGCUGCUAGUCACAAAUUUACGAGUCAUUUGGCAUUCCCUAGCACUUCCCCGUGUGAAUCUCGCUGUUGGCUACAACUGUAUUAUAAACAUCACUACAAGGACUGCUAAUUCUAAAUUACGCGGCCAGACUGAAGCACUGUACAUCUUAACCAAAUGUAACAACACUCGCUUUGAGUUUAUCUUUACAAACCUCGUACCUGGGAGUCCUCGGCUGUUUACUUCUGUUAUCGCAGUACACAGAGCUUAUGAGACAUCAAAAAUGUAUCGUGAUCUUAAACUGAGAGGCGCACUCAUCCAAAACAAGCAGCUGAGGCUUCUUCCACGAGAACAAGUGUACGAUAAAAUCAAUGGAGUGUGGAAUUUGUCCAGUGAUCAGGGAAACUUGGGAACAUUCUUUAUAACCAAUGUAAGAAUAGUUUGGCAUGCCAAUAUGAAUGACAGUUUCAACGUCAGCAUUCCUUACCUGCAAAUUCGUUCCAUAAAAAUCAGAGACUCAAAAUUUGGUUUAGCACUGGUGAUAGAAAGCUCCCAGCAGAGUGGUGGAUAUGUCCUUGGCUUUAAAAUUGAUCCAGUGGAAAAGCUGCAGGAUUCAGUGAAGGAGAUAAACUCAUUGCACAGGGUCUACUCUGCAAGCCCUAUAUUUGGAGUAGAGUAUGAGAUGGAGGAAAAGCCACAGGCUCUCGAGGAAUUGACCAUAGAGCAGGUUCAAGAUGAUGUUGAAAUAGAAGCAGAUGAACACACUGAUGCAUUUGUGGCUUACUUUGCUGAUGGAAAUAAGCAACAAGAUCGGGAGCCAGUCUAUUCUGAAGAGCUUGGCUUGGCAAUAGAGAAACUGAAGGAUGGCUUUACCCUGCAGGGAUUGUGGGAUGUGAUGGGAUGAGGGAUGACUGCAGGUUUCUGUGGAGUUUAAAAAUUAGUAUAGUUGCAGAAAAUCCUAAACACAUUCCCAUAAAGUGCAAAGUUGUAGCAGUUUGGUAUUUGCUGGUACAUACUGAGAGCCAGGCAUCCACUUGGGCACUAUACAUAAUGCUAUUCUGGUAGGCCAUGGAUACACAUAAUUUAUUUUAAAGGGGAUGCAAUAAAAUAUCAUUCCUGCAACACUUUUUUUUAUAUUAAUAAAUAUUUAUUUAUGUAAACCAGAACUGGGCAUGCCUGGGGUGUCUGGGUCUUCUACUCUAGUCAUCAUCUAUCCUAAGCUCUCAGAGCAUGAUGGGAAACAUAGUCCUGACAAGACCUGCUUAGCAUUUUUCUUCCACCGGAACUUAUGGAAAAUAACCAUAUCCGGCUUUCAGAGGGCGAUCUUUUCCAUUUAUUUUACACAGCUUUUUACUCCGUUUUUUCGGCGAAUUAGUUUUACACAGCAUAAUAAAUACGCCCCUUAGUGUAAGAUAAGUAUUUGACUUUGGCUUACCAUGUUUGUGCAGAAAGGAAAUAAUAAAUACGG